AUGCCAUCACAAAGAAAAACAACGGCCCCUAGUCCCCAGCAGGCCUUAAGUGGUCAAGGGGUGCGAAGAAUCCCUGGGAAGUAUGAAAUAGCGGAGGGAUGUUGCAGAAAAAUUCAGAAUGGCCCCUCUAUGGUACUUAGACUUGGAACGCUCAAUGUUGGAUCACUGACUGGCCGCAGCAUGGAAAUCGCAGAAAUGCUCGAGCGUAGAAGGAUUGACAUUUGCUGCCUUCAGGAAACCCGAUGGAAAUCGAAUGGUGUCUGUCAUGUCAACUCAGACAAAGAAAAAUAUAAACUAUUCUGGAAUGGUCAAAAGACGGCCAAAAUGGUGUUGGAAUUUUUGUCAGAGAACCGCUAG